UCCCAGCUCUUUUUAUUUUUUACUUUUGAGAUAGGAUCCUGCUAAGUUGCUGAGACUGACCUCAAAGUCACAAUCCUCCCGCCUUGGCUUCCUGAGUAGAUGGGAUUAAAGCCCCCAGAGGGCGCUGUGGGCGUAUCUGCCGCACUGCYGGCAGCGUCCCCCGGGAGGAGCCUCUCCUGCAGCCGCCGCAACCGCCUCCGCGAUUGCAAACCCGGAAGACGGCUCUGGCAGCUGGACUGUGCGGGCCGGCCCGGUACGGCCAUGCAGCCCCUGGAGGUAGGUCUGGUUCCCGCUCCAGCGAGGGAGCCGAGACUGACCCGCUGGCUACGGAGAGGCAGUGGGAUCUUGGCCCACCUGGUAGCUUUGGGCUUCACCAUCUUCCUGACUGCGCUGUCCCGGCCAGGAACCAGUCUUUUCUCCUGGCACCCUGUAUUCAUGGCCUUGGCGUUCUGCCUCUUCAUGGCUGAGGCCAUCCUCCUCUUCUCACCUGAGCAUUCUGUGUUCCUCUUCUGCUCCCGAAAGGCCUGGAUCUGGCUCCACUGGGCAGGGCAGACCCUAGCCAUUCUCUGCGCUGCCCUAGGCCUGGGCUUCAUCAUCUCCAGCAAGAUGCGAAGUGAGCUGCCCCAUCUGGUAUCCUGGCACAGCUGGCUAGGAGCACUGACAUUACUGGCUACUGGCGGCCAGGCACUAUGUGGGCUCUGCCUACUUUGUCCCCGGGCAGCCAGGGUCUCCAGGGUGGCUCGCCUCAAGCUCUACCAUUUGACAUGUGGACUGGUGGUCUACCUGAUGGCUACAGUUACAGUGAUUCUGGGCAUGUACUCAGUGUGGUUCCAGGCCCAGAUCAGAGAUGCAGCUUGGUACCUGUGCCUGGCACUGUCCCUCUACCCAGCCCUGGUGAUCAUGCACCAGAUCUCCAGCUCCUACUUGCCAAGGAAGAAAAUGGAUAUGUGAGUGCUUCUGAACUCUGAAUCUGGUUGGAAUACUUGCCUUGGAUUUCAAUCAUUCCUUGGUGACCUUCAAAGGACCCACUUCAGAAGUGGUUGAGUUUUUGCACUUAAUGGCUGGGCCAGGU